AUGCUGGGGAGAUGGGCGCUGCGACGCGUCCAGCACGGUCGUAGAACCGUCAGUGCCGUACGUCAAGCUACGUGGGAUGCGCGCCUCACCCCCUCCUAUGCCACUCAAUAUCUUGCAGUGAAGCGACCUAUUGUCGCUCAAGAUGUUCGACUGAACUUGUAUACACGGACCCGGGGCUUAGCUACUGCCGCGAUUCCCAAUGUUCUUGUUCCACCGCUCAUUUUCGUGGGGCUGCUGCUCUCCCUCUGGCUUUGGAAAUGUUUCUGGAUCGUCGUGAUGCAGGACAAGCUCUUAUACCUUACUUGGCUUCCACCUUUCACGCGAUCCGACAAGAUUGCUGACUAUGAAGUCGAAUGCAGACCUGUUCAGUGGGAGGAGAAACAGAUUCGCAGUCUUGACGGAACCAAGCUAGCGAUUUGCGAAGGUCACAUCGCCACCAUGACCAAUGGAGGAGACGCCCAGCGGACAUCAAAGUCUCGAAAGCGACGCGUAGUAAUUUGCUAUUUCCAAGGAAAUGGUGGGUCGAUGCCAAUGCGAUUACCCCUUCUAUCUCAGGUUCUGCGAACAAUCACGGAAACCUCGAAAUCAACCUCGAAGGCGCAGCAGAACGAAACCGAAUACACCAUCGCUGCUUUAUCCUAUCGUGGCUACUGGACAUCUUCGGGUCGUGCUACUCAAACCGGAAUAGAAAAAGAUGCACAGGCCUUCCUUACCUGGGUAUCAGAGACCUAUCAAGCACCGGAGAUCGAUCUUGAGAUCGUUCUUUGGGGUCACAGCUUGGGCGCUGCCGUCGCCAGUGCAGCCACCACAGCGUAUCUUGCUAGUCAGCAUUCCAAGCAGACCUCCACUCGCGAAAGUAAUGGCUCACUGGCACCUCUUGUCGGGCUGAUCUUAGAGGCACCAACCUCCAGCAUCAGAGACAUGUUGAUCAGCCUUUAUCCCCAGAAAUGGCUACCCUAUCGGUAUCUUUGGCCACUGUCCUGGAAUACAUGGGAUAUCACCAAGUCUUUGAGCCAGAUGGCUCGCUGGAGAGAUGAGUCGGACAUGGAAGCGGCAGAUUCGGCAUCUCGUAUUCCUCCUAUUCUUCUACUGUCUGCUGGAAAAGAUGAAGUUGUUCCUUCUUAUGUUUCAGUCAAAUUAGAGCGAUGUGCCAGGUCUCUAAACUUGGAUCUUGAGACGAAAGAGGUCGCAGGUGCAUUGCACACAGAAGCGCCUCUGAAGCUCGAUGGAAGAAAAGCCAUGGUGGAAUUCAUCUUGAGCAAGUCUCGAUAG